UAAAGCAGCAGAGGCGAGUAAAAGUGGCACAGUUAAAAUUGCUGACAGAUAAGUCCGCCAACAGUUUUCAGUCUACUGCCAAAGUCAACCGGUCGCCAGUCGGGAGGAAACGCGUGUUUGUUCUUUAGUUUCACGUUAGUUCAGUGGAAUUCUGAAAAGUUUAAGUUGCAUAACAUUGGUAUCUUAGAUUGGCCAAAGGAACAAAUUCAAAAUGUCCGAUUUUGCCAGAGUCGAUAUCGAUCAGCCUAAAUAUGAUCAAAGCACAUAUCUGAAUCGUGCCAAACACUUCUUCCUCCUGACAAAUCCACUCAAUUUGUUGGCCUCAAAUGCCGAAUUGGAGAGAGCCAAGCGCAUUGUGAACGAUUACCGUGCCGGCAAGCCUGUACCUGAUGUCAAGAAUGUCGAGGAUUUGUGGAGAGCCAAAUACUUGUAUGACUCCGCCUUCCAUCCCGAGACCGGAGAAAAAUCAUUGAUUAUUGGCCGUAUGUCCGCCCAAGUGCCCAUGAACACCUUGAUUACGGGAUGCAUGCUUUCAUUCUACAAAACGACACCGGCUGUGGUCUUCUGGCAAUGGGUCAAUCAAACAUUUAAUGCCGUCGUUAACUACACAAAUCGUUCCGGCUCAACGCCCAUCUCCAAAGAGCAACUGGUGACCUCAUAUAUUUUGGCUACCGGUGGUGCUCUGACUACUGCUUUGUCCUUGAAUAGAAUAGUUAAGAAUUUGAAUCCAUUGAUUGGACGCUUAGUACCUUUGGCUGCUGUGGCAGCUGCUAAUUGCAUCAACGUGCCAAUGAUGCGUUUGCAAGAAUUGAAGAACGGUGUUACUCUUCUGGAUGAACAAAAUAAUGAAAUGGGUAUUUCAAAGAAGGCUGCUGCUGUUGGCAUUACAGCUGUUGUUGCUAGCAGAAUUGCCAUGGCUACUCCUGGCAUGGUACUCACACCUUUACUCAUUAACAAAUUGGAAAAGGGAGGUUUCCUCAAACGUUUCCCCAAGGCUAGUGCACCCAUCCAAACCCUGUUCUGUGGCUUUGUUUUGAUCUUUGCCACACCUUUAGGCUGUGCAUUCUUUAGCCAAAGGGCUGCCAUUAAUGUUGACAGUUUGGAACCGGAAGUCAAGGAUGAAAUUAAGAAGAAGAAUCCCAACAUGACUGAAGUAUGGUUCAACAAGGGUUUGUAAGGCAACCCAACCAAAAUCUAUCAUCUAUGGCCGAGGCAAUUAAAUUGGCCGUAUUGCCUCAAUUCUACUCAACAAAUGGGAAAAAGAGCUUAGCAAAUUUAAAAGAAGAACAUUAGGAACCCGUUAAUUAUUCUAUUACAAAAAUAAAUGUGUUUGACAAUAAUUUGCAGUGACAACUACAGCAAAGAAAUCGUUAAUAAGUAUAUCAAACAAUAAUUAUUUACGAUUAAGUUCAUCAAUCCUAGUUAAGUUCUCAAUGUUGGUCCUAGAGACAAAACAAAACAAAAAACAAAUCAAUUUAAAUGUGUUCCAGAUGUGUUGUUGUAUAUUUCAUUUCAUUGUAUUCCAAUGUAUCAAUUGCAUUUAGUUCACUCAGUGUUUAAAUCUUCUAUUUUAGUUAAGUACUAAUUCAAAAUAUUUCAAUAUUUGAAUUUGUUAUUCCAAUUUAAAUUAGUAUAGCAACCUAAUUAAGUUGUUAUAUUUAAAAUAAAUAAAAAAAAUAACUCAAAGAGAUUAGCGUAUGUAUGUAUAUGCUACUAACUAAUUCAAAAUAAUAGAUUUUGGAUGAUUUCUAUUAUUUUGCCACUCUUUCUUGUGAAACGAAAACAUUUAUCAUUUUAGGCGUUGAAAAUACUCUUAAAACCUUUUUUGGGGGACUUUCUUUAAAAUAAGUUUCUGGUUUGACAAUGUAAAAUUAUAAAUUAUUUUUACAAAAUAUUAUAUUCAAUAAAAGGAUCAGAAAAUAAUGCAACAACCAUCUUAAAA